GGAAUUAGAAUGGGAUCUGAAGCUCUUGUUCCAAAAUGGGGAUCUAAACCUUGCAUCAUGGGAAUCGACGAAGCUGGAAGAGGCCCUGUUCUAGGGCCCAUGGUCUAUGGUUGUUUGUACUGUGCUCGCUCCUACCAAAAGACCCUAUCUACUUUGAGUUUUGCAGAUUCCAAGACACUAAAAGAAGAGAAGAGGGAAGAAUUAUUUGAAACUUUAAAGACCAAUGAUUCUAUUGGAUGGGCUGUUGAUGUCAUUGACCCAAGGGAACUCUCCGCUAAAAUGCUUAAGAAGAAUAAGAUAAACUUGAAUGAGAUAUCUCAUAACUCUGCCAUGGGUCUCAUCGAUAGGGUACUAAAAAUGGGAGUGCUUCUAACCGAGGUUUAUAUAGAUACAGUUGGAGAUCCAGAGAAAUAUGAAAUGAAGCUGUCUAGAAGUUUCUCAUCUAUCAAAUUUGUGGUUGCAAAGAAGGCUGAUAGUCUUUAUCCUGUUGUCAGUGGUGCAAGCAUAGUUGCAAAGGUCACAAGAGACCAAGCUUUAAGAGAAUGGGUGCUCGAUGAGACAGCUGAAAACAUGCACAGGAACUUUGGCUCUGGAUAUCCAGGAGAUCCCCAAACCAAGUCUUGGCUAGAACAUCACAAACAUUCUAUCUUUGGAUUUCCAACAUUGGUCCGAUUUAGUUGGGGAACCUGCACUACUUAUUUUAAAGAUAUUGCGGAAGUCUUGUGGGAGUCUGACAAGGAUGAAGAUGGCGGUAGCAUUAAUAAUAGUGGCAAGCGGCAAUUGAAAUUAAGUAAUGUGGGUUUCACCUCAUCCAAGAGGAGAAGUGAAGAAAUAGAAUCAAGUGGUAAAGGACGUUGUAGGUUUUUUCAGGCUCGGAAACUUGAGCACCUCAAUUAUUUCUAA